AUGAGCACUUCUCACCUAAGCAACAGAGCUGAGAGCCACUUCCAGGCACAAGAAGAACAUGAACUGGAAACUCUGGGGAAGAAGGCAUGGGACAACCCUGUUUACAAUGGAUCCCCUUCCUCCUCCUCCUUGAAAAUCAGAGCAAUCUACAACCCAAAAUCCAUUUUGGAAAAUCCCUACGAGAACAUUGAAAAAUUGACCGGCUCCUUAUCCUACCUAAAGGAUAGGAAAGCUACUGAGGAAGCAAGGAAGAAGGAAAGCCCAGGAUGCUGCUACUAUGUCUUCAAAGGCAUCCGAGGGCUUUGGGGCACAACCUUGACUGAAAAUACCAGUGAGAACCGAGAGCUUUAUGUGAAGACUACACUGCGCGAACUUCUGGUCUAUAUUGUAUUCUUAGUGGACAUCUGUUUAUUGACCUAUGGGAUGACGAGUUCAAAUGCCUAUUACUAUACCAAAGUGAUGUCUGAACUCUUUCUGCAGACUCCUUCAGACAGUGGCGUCUCCUUCCAGACCAUUGGAAGCAUGGCUGACUUUUGGCGAGCGAUUGUGCGUCCCUUAUUUCGAUUCUUGCCGUUUCGCCAUAAGUCUUUGAUGUACAGUUUCUCAUCUUCAAAUUUGGAUAAUGGUGGUGUUGCUAGUUCUUGA